AUGCCUGCCGACGAGCUCCCGAUGGACCUGCCCAUCAUUGACCUCGAUGUCUUCCUCAACAACCCCCAGGACUCCCCCGAGUCCAAGGCCGAAUGCCUCAAGGCUGCCAACGCCCUCAUCACCUACGGCGCUCUCGUGCUCCACGACUCGCGCGUUUCGGAAGAGGACAACACGACAUUCCUCGACCUCCUCGAGGACUACUUCGCCCAGCCCCGCGAGGACCUCCAGAAGGAUGAGCGCCCUGAGCUCUCCUACCAGAUCGGCGUCACGCUCGAGAACACCGAGAAGCCCAAGUGCGCCGUCGACGAGCCCUGCCUCGACGUCAUUGCCCGCCUCGCCCCCGAAGAGCGUCCCCUCGACAUCUCCGCCCACAGCCCCGACCCCAAGUGUCGCUUCUUCUGGCGCAUGAACGACGCCCCGCCUCCGGAGGUCAAGACACAGUUCCCCGGUCUCAACGCCGCCAACGUUGUGCCUGAAGCCCCUCACAUCCGUGACCGCUGGUCGCCGACCAUGAACCACUGGGGCGCCACCAUGAAGCAGGCUGUCGAGGGCGUGGCCUCCAUGGCCGCCGCCGGCCUCGAGCUGCCUGCCGAUGCUUUCACGAGCGCCGCACGCUACGGCCCCCACCUGCUGGCGCCGACCUCGUCCGACCUUCGCCGCUUUGACCAGCCCGACACCAUCCUCGCCGGCUUUCACACAGACCUCAACUUCCUCACAAUCCACGGCCGCUCCCGCUACCCCGGCCUGCACGUCUGGGCGCGCAACACGGGCAAGAAGAUGGCCGUCAAGAUCCCCCAGGGCAGCUACCUGCUCGUCCAGGCCGGCAAGCAGCUCGAGUACAUCACGGGCGGGCUCGUCAAGGCCGGCUUCCACGAAGUCGUCAUCAACGAGGCCACCAUUGCCGCCAUGAAGCGCCGCACUGAAGAGCACCCCGACCGCCCCCUCAUCCGCAUCUCCUCAACCAUGUUCUACCAUCUCUCGUCCGACUACGACCUCGCACCCUUGCCGGCGCUCGCCGAGAAGGCGAAGCAGGUUCGCGCGCAGCAGUUCAACCUCGGCAAGGACGAGGGCGCCGAAGUCGAGUACCCGCCCACAAAGGUCGGUUUCCAGGUGCAGAGUGAGCUGAAGCACAUUGCCCUCAUGGCGUGA